CUGACAGACGCCCUAUAGAUCCACCUCCAAUAAUUCAAUUAAAAGUUUAUGAUGAUAGUCUACCUCAAUCCGAAAAGAAUUCAUUUCUCCAGAAUCCUUAUUUCUUUAUGUAUGCAUCCCUUGUGGCACCUGAUACAAAUGAAGAAUUGCACUUACUUCGCGAUGGCAAAACACGUUCUACAACCGGUUCUGUCGUUUCUUCUCUAUACCAUCUUAAAGAUGUCGAUAAUUCGGAUGCCGGGUUUUUCGUAUUUCCAGAUUUGUCCGUGCGUAUGGAAGGAACUUAUCGUCUUAAACUAAGUCUAUUCGAAAUAGUAGCACGCGAAGUAUUUCAUUGUAAAUCAAUCUUUUCCGAGGUCUUUGUCGUGUAUUCUGCAAAAAGAUUUCCUGGAAUGGAAGGUAUGUUUCAUAUGAAUUUUACCAUCAAAAGAAAGGAAUUAGAACAAAUUGAAGACGCAGAUGGCAGCAGAAUGAAACGUGCACGUGGCGACGGUAAAUACGAUGAUAAUAGCCGCGAAUCGUCAGAAACGGAAAUAACGGAUCGUACGCGAUCUAUAGAGGAUUCACGCUCAAGAAGAAGUCCAGAUCCAUUAGAAAGGCAAAGGGAUCACGGAAGAAAAAGCCCACCAUCUUCCCGUCAUCGAGGUCCUUAUGAUCCGUAUGGUCAUUAUGAUCAUAACGCCGCCAUAUAUGGGCAUGGAUAUCCUUUGCAUCGACCUCUUCCACCAUGGCACGACCGAGAAUAUAUGGGUGAUCCACAUUAUCCCUAUUAUGAUCCGUAUGAUAGAAGAUAUGGUUAUCAUCCGUAUUAUUACCCGCCUCCAUUGCCAGAUGGUUCGGACCAUCAUCGUUAUCCAUAUCCUCCUCCGCCCGCAUAUGGUAGACCUCCAAUGUAUCCAGGCCAACCGGGAUAUUACGAUCCACCACCAAGAAUGCCUCAUCCUUCGAACGAAUCUUCAGGUGCUGUAAGGCCUUACGGAUAUGAUCCAUCAAAUCCAUAUUCUCCACGUCCAUGGCAUCAUUAUGGUGAUCGUACACCGACGAAACAUAGCACUGAAUCAUUGUCUUCUCCUUAUCGUGGAAAUGGACCGCCAGUACCAAUGCAUGGUCCUCCAAUGUAUCCGUAUCCUGAUUAUUAUCCUGUAUAUCCUCCACCACCUAUGGGCCCUCUUCAUCCUCCUCCGAAACAGGAUUAUGGAUCAAGUGAUCCUGCUUCGAGUCAACAUGGACAGAACCCUUCAAAAAUUCCUAUUCAAGAUCUUUUAUCUACUGAACAACAUCAAUCUCAAUCUACUGCCGCCGAACGUGGUGUUGCCAACGUUCCGCCACCUCGUAUGUAUGGUGCUCCACCAUCCGCCUUUGCUCAUUUUUAUCCUCAUCCAGGCCGUCCACAUGAAUAUCCACCACGGCAUGACCUGUAUGGUCAUCCCCGAUAUCAACAUGAAAUGGGAUAUCCGUCUCAUGAGAGUUAUGGACAAAACAUUGCCACUAGUUCAAGUUCUGCAAGUACUAAAGCUGCACAUCCACCUACAGUAUCGCAACCACAAGACUCUGCACGUUCAUCAACAAUUACUUCAACUCAAGCAGCAAUUCCACCGUCUACUUAUUCCAGUGGACCCAUAGUUCCAGCCGCAUCACGUCCAGCAGCGUCCUUACCUUCGUUGGCUCCCAUAAACGCUUCUGAUCGAUAUGCAAGUAGCUCUUCUAAUAUUCAAACACAUACACCAUAUCCUACUUCCUCCACACAGUCUUCUACAAC